AUGAUUGCAGGAGACAUGAAUAGCCGAGUUGGAUUAAAAUCGGACUAUAUUGCUUACGACAGAAUGAACUCAAUUCUGGACAGCGAUGAUUACGUGCCAGACUUACCUCUUGAUCGGACGUCAAUGGAUACACAGUUUAAUUCUUACGGUAUACAAUUAUUGGAUGUGUGCAAAGCGACAGGAUUAAGGAUAUGUAACGGUAGGCUAGAGCCUAAAGGUGAAUACACAUAUUGUGGCUAUAAGGGAAGCACAGUUAUAGAUUACCUUCUUUGUGAGCAAUGCAAUUUUAAAUACAUUCAAUCAUUUAAAAUUUCAGACUUCAACAUCUUUUCAGACCAUGCAAUUCUGGAAUUUAAGGUCGUAAUAAACUGUAAAAGCACAGAAAAUGAUAAAGGGAAUUCAUUUCAAUAUACAAAAUGGUUCGCUAAUAAACGAGAUGAAUUCAGACGAAGGCUGAUAACAAGAUUGCCAGAAUUAAACCUUUUGUUGAGUGAUUCGGAGGCUGUUGCUGCCGAUAGAAAUACAGUCGAUAGCACGGUUAACAGAUUUGUAGGGAUAAUAAAUGAUGAAGCCAAACCUUUGUUCUAUAAGGAAGUUAGGUCAAAUAAUGUUAAAGUUCAAUUUGACAAUAAUGAUAUAUUGAAACGUUCCGAGUGGUUUGAUGAAACCUGUCAUGUAAAAAAGAAUGAGUAUUUGGAAGCUCUACGAUUGUUCAACGAUGUGAAAACUGAUGAAAAUCGAUAUCAAUUAAUGAUUAAAAAGAAACAGUAUAAAGCCUGUAUAAAAGACAAACGCAGAAAACAUAAAAUUGUAAGAAUGAGAGAAAUUGAGGCACUUAAGUCGAAAAAACCACGAGACUUUUGGAAAUUUUUCUCAAAGAAAAAUAAUAAACGAGGAGAUAAUAUCUCAUUGAAUGAUUUCUAUGAAUAUUUUAAUAAUUUAUCUGAUGAGAUUAACGUUACAACUGAUGGCGAAAGUGAAGAUUUUUGUCGAAAUGGUAUUUCAGUCGAUGAUCCCGUCUUUGCAGAGCUAGAUUCUGUCAUUACUAUGGAGGAAGUUCGGCAAGCUAUUAAGUCUUUAAAGCGAGGUAAAGCAGGCGGAAAUGACGGCAUGAUUAACGAAUACUUUAUUGAGACAGGCGAUAUAAUCGGUUCACAUUUGAGAGAUCUGUUUAAUAUUGUUUUGUCCUCUGGCCAUUUCCCUUCAGCAUGGAUGGAAGGAUUAAUUAUACCGGUUUUUAAAAAAGGCGACGACAGCAAUGUACAGAAUUAUCGAGGAAUAACGUUAGUCAGUUCUAUCUCAAAAAUAUUUACCUCCAUUUUAAAUAAGAGGAUGUCAGACUGGAGUAGGGAAAAUAAUAUAAUAUCAGAUUCUCAGUUUGGUUUUAAGAAAGGAUUAUCGACUACAGAUGCAAUAUUUUGCUUACACAGUGUAAUAAGUCACAUGUUAAAUAACGAAAAACGCUUUUACUCUACCUUUAUUGACAUGCGUAAAUGCUUUGAUAGCGUGUACAGAAACGCACUAUGGUUUAAGAUGUCCAAAUUGGGUGUUGGUGGUAAAAUGCUGACAAUAAUCAGAUCAAUGUAUGAACACGUGAAAUGUAGAAUACGCCAUGGUAACGAAUUUUCAGACUUCAUAGAAAUCGCAGUAGGUUUAAAACAGGGUGAAAUAUGUUCCCCUCUGUUGUGGUCAAUGUUCAUUGAGGACUUGGAAUUAUACCUGGGAACAAGGCCUGGUAGUGGCUUAAAUUUUGAUGAUUUAACGUUAAUAUUAUUCUUAUAUGCCGAUGACAUGGUGUUGUUCUCAGAUACAGUACAGGGAUUACAGCAAAGUCUAGAAGAUUUACACAUGUACUGCGACCGUUGGGGUCUUUCUGUUAAUAUAGACAAAACUAAAGUUAUGGUUUUCAGGAAACGUGGUCCGACAGAGAACAGUAAGAAAGACACAGUUAUUGAGACAUUGAAGAAGGAAAAUAUGCGAUUGAAGGAAGAGACAAAUGAGCAGAACUAUAUCAUACAGAGUCUUCGAAGUGAAGUUAGAAAGUUGACAAUGAUGAUGUCUAGUGGGAGGGAUGAGAAGGAAGACCGUCCUGUGAAGCGCCGACUUGACAACAAUCGAGAUGAAGAUAUGAUACACACGCCAGAUAAGAAAACAAAGAUUACCUUCAAUGUUGGAGAGAAGGUUUGGGCGUAUUAG